UCCGCUUCCUGCCGACGGCCGGAGCCCCACAGCCCCAGCGGCGCGGCGCCCCGGCCCAGGCCGCCCGACGCGGCGGAGAGCGCGCCAUGGCCGCCCCCGACCUGUCCACGAACCUCCAAGAGGAGGCCACCUGCGCCAUCUGCCUCGAUUACUUCACCGACCCGGUGAUGACCGACUGCGGCCACAACUUCUGCCGCGAGUGCAUCCGGCGCUGCUGGGGCCAGCCCGAAGGCCCGUACGCCUGCCCCGAGUGCCGCGAGCUGUCUCCGCAGAGGAACCUGCGGCCCAACCGCCCGCUGGCCAAGAUGGCCGAGAUGGCGCGGCGCCUGCACCCGCCGUCGCCCGUCCCGCAGGGCGUGUGCGCCGCGCACCGCGAGCCGCUGGCCGCCUUCUGCAGCGACGAGCUGCGCCUGCUGUGCGCGGCCUGCGAGCGCUCGGGGGAGCACUGGGCGCACCGCGUGCGCCCGCUGCAGGACGCGGCCGACGACCUCAAAGGGAAGCUGGAGAAGUCCCUGGAGCACCUGCGGAAGCAAAUGGAAGAUGCCCUGCUGUCCCAGGCCCAGGCAGAGGAGACCUGCGCCCUGUGGCAGAAGAUGGUGGAGAGCCAGCGGCAGAAUGUGAUGAGCGAGUUUGAGCGCCUGCGUCGCCUGCUGGCAGAGGAGGAGCAGCAGCUGCUGCAGAGACUGGAGGAGGAGGAGCUGGAGGUGCUGCCGCGUCUGCGUGAGGGCGCCGCCCGGCUGGGCCAGCAGAGCGCGCAGCUGGCCGCACUCAUCACUGAGCUGGAGGGCCGCUGCCAGCUGCCGGCGCUGGGGCUGCUGCAGGACAUUAAGGAUGCCUUGCGCAGGGUCCAGGAUGUGAAGCUGCAGCCCCCGGAGGUGGUGCCCAUGGAGCUGAGGACCGUGUGCAGGGUCCCGGGGCUGGUGGAGACCCUGCGCAGGUUUCGAGGGGAUGUGACCCUGGACCCGGACACCGCCAACCCCGAGCUGGUCCUGUCUGAGGACCGGAGGAGCGUGCAGCGGGGUGACCUGCGGCAGGCGCUGCCCGACAGCCCCGAGCGCUUCGACCCCGGCCCCUGCGUGCUGGGCCGGGAGCGCUUCGCCUCGGGCCGCCACUACUGGGAGGUGGAGGUGGGGGACCGCUCCAGCUGGGCCCUGGGCGUGUGCAGAGAGAACGCCAACCGCAAGGAGGAGGGCGAGCUGUCGGCCGGCAACGGCUUCUGGAUCCUGGUCUUCCUGGGCAGCUACUUCACCUCCACCGAGCCCGCCUUCUCUCCGCUGCGGGAGCCUCCCCGGCGCGUGGGCAUCUUCCUGGACUACGAGGCGGGACACCUCUCCUUCUACAGCGUGACCGAUGGGUCCCUGCUGUUCAUCUUCCCCGAGACCUCCUUCUCGGGGACGCUCAGGCCCCUGUUCUCGCCUCUGUCCAGCAGCCCGACCCCUAUGACCAUCUGCCGGCUGAAAGGUGGGCCUGGGGACGGCCUGGCUCCCCAGUGACUGACCUCUCAGGGAGGUGCUUCACCUCUCCAGGACCCUCAUCCUGGCGUCUGGGUUUCUCAGCCGUGCGGAGAACCUAGAAGAGGGGAGCGUGUCCCCAGCAGUGAGGAACACACAGUGCCUUCCGAGUGCCCGCGAGCCUGGAGUGGCUCUCCCUGCGGGCCCUCUGCAGGCCACUGGUCUCGAGUUCCAGGAGCCUGGUGAGCCCGGCAGCCCCAGGAGCUCCCCGCACCCCACCAGGGACGAUGCUGGGCAAGGCCUCGGGCCUCCAGCCCCUCUCAGGGUUCGGCCUCCUGAGUGGGAGGCCGUAAGAGCCUGUCCUCACUGAGCAGGACGCGGGGCAGCAGACAUCCCUCGGGGAGGAGCUGACCUGGGCAGCGGCUGUGCGGAGACGCCGUUUGGCUCCUGCGUGGACCUGGAUGAGUGGACUCUGGGGGACGUUGCCUGGCCUCACCUCACGCCUCCCUGGCCUCGGUGGCUAGCGUGGCUCUGCAGCAGCACCUGGCCUCUCCAGGCUGCCUGGCUGCAGCCCAUGGCAGUACCCCGAGCUCAGAAUCCCCGUGGGUGCUCUUGUGUUGGGGCUGGGGUUUUAUUCCUGUUUAUUUAUUCAACAGCAGUUUCCACUCUAAAUAAACUUGGGUUGCUGUUGCUG